CGGUUGUCACCAAAGACAUAUUUUUUAAUACUGUCAACACUGUUGCUAAACGAAGUAGUCUGCUGUCUUCGACAAAAACAAACAAAUUGAAAUUCACACGUAGCCUUUCAGGUGGUUACCAUAUGGAUGGGUGAGCGAGAUUCUAAGAUGGAUGUUUUUCAGUUAUCUACCUUACUAAGUGAAACAUGUGCUGCUAUAACACACAUUUUAGAUGAAGCUGGGAAAAGUUUUUCAGGCGAUCCAGAAGAGUUUGUUGGUAAAAAUUAUGGAAGCCUUGGCGCAGUUAUAGCAUGUUAUUCAAAUCUAUUCAAGCUUUCACAAUGCAAAACAAGAACAGACCUGGAAACAUUUUGGGCUGGUUGUUUUUCAGAUCCAAUUGUCAGGGAUGCAGUUGACGAACUUCUUCUUGUUGAGGAAAAAUGGGAUCAAUUCCUCCAAACAGUUGAUACCUUUAUGGAUAAAACACUGUAUUCAAGGAACCAAGUUAUUGGUGUCGAUGAAAUUGCUUCAUUAGCUUUAGUUAACACAACUGAUAACACUUCAUCGACAAUGAAACAAUUAAUCAAUAAUCAACCUGCUGUUUUUGUAUUUCUUCGCCAUUUUGCUUGAUUACCCUGACGGCAGCAUGUGAAGCAAUUAGAAGAGCAUAAAUCUUCUUUUGCUUUACAUAAUUGCAACAUUCAUGUAUUGUCUUUUGGAUCCUGCGAUGGAGCUUUGAAAUG